ACGGAGCUGUUCACGCGGGUAUUUCUAAAACGUGCCGUAUCUUUCCUUCGACCAGUUAAAAAGCAGAUCGGUUCGGAUUGUUAUGAAUCAUAAUCCUGGUCAAAACAAAACCAGACCGGAGAUAAGAAAGCCAAAAGUGUUUGAGGACGCGUAUUGUAUAUGAAAUGCCGUUGUUUGCAAAACAACUGUAAGGUGCCACAGUUAAUGGAAUGGCCACCUGGCUGUCUGACAUUUGGGCCACCGUAUAUUUCGGUUUUUUAGAUUAUGGGCUUCUUAAGUUUCUUAUUUUUUUUAGGUUUCUUAGGGUUUCUACUUACUAGGUUUCUCAGAUUUCUUAGAAUUCUUUAGGUGGCGCAAGUGUUAUGUAGUCAGUGGAAUUGGAAGCGCUCUAUGGAAUUAACAAGUCGGUGGAAAACGUGAUUUGGCGCGUUUCUACUUUCUAGUUUUUCUUAUUAAUCUGCCAGGAAUCACUGUUUGCUUAUAACUUAUUUGUAAAAAUUUGUGAUUUAUCGUUUGUCUUGCAAUUCAAAUUGCAAUGGUUUGUUACGGUUGUACCUUGUUAAACUGAGUCCGGAGUUAUUUGCACAUUUUCGAAAUUUUGAGGCUUGUGUCUAAGUCUCGCCGAGACAUUUGUCUAUGCGAAGUGCGUGUACGUAUACUGCACAAUGUCAGCUGGGAAUGGGAAUACAUUCAAACGUCCAGGUCCUCGAGCUGCUUCAGUAAUGCCCUCAGGAUCAACCCAGCCCACGGCCAGCAGCAGCAGUCCUAAUUCCGCCCAAAAUGACGAACGUAUUGCUUUUGUGGACUUCCGUUUCAACGAUAUUCUGGAGCGUCAUCGGUCUCGCGGAGAUCGCUUUGUCUUCACGGUGGACGAGCACGUUACUGCUGGUUCCAUGGAAUAUUCAAUGGGCUGCGUUCCAGCGCGUAGCAAAUUUGUAAGGCCUAUCGCGGCGGUUGAUGGAUUCUACUUGUUCCCGCUGCAGCGUGGAGAGAAAAUCAUGGUCAAGGACAUGCAGAUACAAACAGAAGAUGUGUUUCGUACGGCAACGGUCCAUUAUGUCGUCAAUUCUCCACUGGAAGAAGAAACCUGUAUGCGUUGUGUCAAAGCUUACUUAAGUGCCUUGCAGGACGGAGAUCUGAAUGCUAUCGCGGAUAAAGUCUUGGGUGAAGCUGAAAACGCUAUGGAAGUGGACGCAGCCCAACCGGAGCCCCCUGUCGUCAGCGUUGAAGACCGUGCGUCGCGCGCCAGCACUGUGGAAGCUCCAAGUGCGCGUAGCUCUGUGGCGCGAAGCGAUGCUGGAGACCGUGAUUCCAUGCGGAUGGCCAGUGUGGAGCGAGGCGGAUAUAAGUUUCCGUAUCUCGAACGAAGUGUGGGAAAGGUGCCGCUGCAUUCGAAAUAUCCGUUUUUUGUUGACCCACACGAAUUGAAAAAACUGGAAAACAUACAGUUUGUCGAGCAUUACGUUCCAGGUUUGAUGGAUUUGCUGCUUGGACUGAAAAAUGGCCCGGGUGCUAACAAUCUGCGCACCCUGAUUCAGAACUCCAAUCGUGGAGGUGUAACAAACUGGCUGGGAUCGCAGUUUCUUAACUGCAUGAAAGAUCACAUUUUCCCACUGGUGGAAAAGCGCAAACUACGUCUUGAACGCGGCAAUAAAGAGGAACGGGUCACCUUCUUGGUCAAUCAGCAUUUGAAUAAAUUUAAGUGAAAAUUGACAGCCGCAGUACAAAGAAUGGGGAACGUGGAAUUCGUUUUGUUGGACUAAUUUCGGUUCAACGUUUUUUGGUGGAUAUAAGUACUGUAAUUGAUUGUUUUGUUGCGAUAUAAAAUAGAGUCGCUGUGUUGUGAGGCGCACAGUUUUGUUAUUUUGCCGAGAAUCCUAGCGAGCGAUAGCUCUUCCAAGCAAUGGGCCAAUGAUUUUUGUGGUUUAGCAGUGGAUACGUGACAUACAUAGUGAAUGAUAAUUUCCUCAUAAUAUUGUGGAUAUGAGUGUUGAAUUAAUGGACGUACCGUAGCUGUCUUCUUAUUUUUAUCUAAUGCGAUGCAUACGAGUUGUUAUCGGAAUCGGUUUACUGUGCUUCAAAAGGAUGUGUAUAUUUUGUAGUUUGCUGACUUAAGCAACGAUUUAUUUGUGUGAUAAAAUUGUGA